AUGAGCUGCCUCUAUCAUCGUGACCUCGGCUUUACCAGGCCAGUCAUUGGUGUGGUCCCAAAUGCUAAUGAAUUGAGCAGUGAUGAUGAUUCAAGCUGUGAGGGUAUGACCGGUUGGUGGAGGUCAGUGGAAGUUGGUGUCACCUCAGAGAUGACAUCAGCUAGUGUGGACAGUCACACCAUCUAUGCUUCACACUGCUGUUCUCAUCCAGUUUCAAUUGGUGACCUGCCAGCAUUGGAUCCUUCAGUAACAGGCAAUAAAGAAACUGGAGCUGAUAAAAAGAACACAGGACAGGGAGAUACAUUUGUCACCAAGAAGAUGGAAGCAAAACCUGCAGAGAACUCUGUCAGCAAUAUUGUUCUGGAGAUUGUUAAGUCAGAAAAAUGUCAUAUGCCAUUAGAGAUGACAGUAAUAAUGUGGCUCUGCGCCCUGUUUUACUUUUGGAAACAUUUAUCAGGACUUGAUUAAGAUACAAUAUUGCAGCAAGAAAGAAUACAAAACAUCAUUCAAGAUAUGCUGGAGAAAGAGAUGAGCAGCACUUACGAGCCCGCAACGAACUUCCCAGACCAUUGCCUGUGUGGAGUGGAAGGCAAAAAAUCUUCAUCAA